AUGGCCUGGUGGUACCUGGCCCUCCUUCCGAUUGGAGCCCUCCUGGCAGCCUCCCAGCCAGCUCUGACCCAGCCAGAUGCGUUGUUGGUCUUCCCAGGCCAAGUGGCCCAACUAUCCUGCAUGCUCAGCCCUCGCCAUGCCACCAUCGGGGACUAUGGCGUGUCUUGGUACCAGCAGCGAGCAGGAAGCGCCCCCCGUUAUCUCCUCUACUACCGUUCAAAGGAUGACCACCACCGUUCCCCAGACAUCCCUGAUCGUUUCUCAGCAGCCACAGACGCAGCCCACAAUGCCUGCAUCCUGAUCAUCAGUCCUGUGCAGCCUGAAGAUGAUGCAGAUUAUUACUGCUCUGUGAACUACAUGUCAUAG